AUGAAGCACCUCGCAGCUUACCUCCUCCUUGGCCUUGGUGGCAACACCUCGCCUUCCGCUUCCGACGUUAAGGAAGUCCUCGAGUCCGUUGGUAUCGAGGCCGAUACCGACCGUCUAGAGAAGCUCCUCUCUGAGUUAGAGGGCAAGGACAUCAACGAGUUGAUCUCUGAGGGUUCCGGCAAGCUUGCCUCCGUUCCCUCUGGCGGUGCUGGCGGUGCUGCCUCUGGUGGCGCUGCCGCUGCCGGUGGUGCUGCCGCCGCCGAGGAGAAGGUCGAAGAGAAGGAAGAGGAGAAGGAGGAGUCCGACGACGACAUGGGCUUCGGUCUAUUCGACUAA